UGCGAUGGGGGUGGUACACCUGUAAAUUCCAUGUAAUAUAAUCCACAUUCCUAGACAUCAAAGUAGCGCUGGAGUCCCGAGUAGCUUUAUCGAGUGCACCCUCUCGGGAAUUUGUGAUGAGGCGGGAAAUGGCGUCCGAAGAGCCCGUCGAUGGUCUGUGGUUCUGAACACAGCUGGCAGCGAUAACGACGGACAGACCUCUCUCUCGGUGGCCGCACCGUUGCGGCUACCCGUGUGGACAGGCAAGCGGCAAGUUUGGUUACGAAUUUAUUUGCACCAUCGUCUUCCAUGUAACGUGUAGGAUGAUGAGGUUGAGAGUGCGGAAAGCUUCUCAGCAGACCAGCCCCAAACCAAAACCUGGUCCCAAAUCCAGCCCCGGCCGUCCAGCCCCAGCCUCGGCACCCCGCCCAGCCCAGGCCAAGAGGAAACACUGUGAGGUGGAGCCCACUGCUGCGACCAGGAGAGGCCUCAGAAUGCAGAAGAAUGAGACGGGCCUGUUUUCCACCAUCAAGAAGUUCAUCAGGGGAAAUGCUGUCAAGAUGGAGCAUGACCUCCCAGCUAAGAGGAGUCGUGUUGAUUGUAAAGUGGACAGCAGCAACCUGAUCACGUCUUCUCCUCAUCCUCCUAACAAAGCUAUCCCCAGGGGCUGCAGGAGAAGCGCUAACAAACCUGAUCCAAUGACGUUGAACAGUAAGCCCCUGAAGCCCAACGGUAAACUGGAGGUGCCUGUGGAGGUGGCCAUCAGCCCUCCUCGCACUACUCUCCUGGGCACCAUCUUCUCUCCCGUCUUCAACUUCUUCUCACCUGCAACCAAGACGGCCACUCUUGGGUCUGACUCACCUGGGCAGGUGCUGGAGGCUGAGGAGAUUGUGAAGGAGGUGGAGGAAAUGUCGACCAGUACCCCCACAUCUACAGAAGGCGUCGUCCUGUCUCCUGUUGCUCCAGUACCACCACCACCACCACUGGCUCCUCUGGCUACACCAGAACCACCUGUGGAGGAAGGAGAGAUGGUUACAGAAACAGAUACGCCCCUUCUAACAGCUCCGGUAUGCACCCCAGUCAGCUGUUACCCCCACGCCCCUCCCACGGCCCCUGCAGACGGCACCUACGAGGAGGACUGGGAAGUCUUUGAUCCGUACUUCUUCAUCAAACAUGUGCCUCCGUUGACAGAGGAGCAGAUAGCCAGGAAACCAGCACUGCCUCUCAAAACACGCAGCACACCAGAGUUCUCCCUGGUCCUAGAUUUGGACGAGACGUUGGUGCACUGUAGUCUGAAUGAGUUGGAUGACGCAGCUCUGACCUUCCCUGUCCUGUUCCAAGACGUCAUCUACCAGGUGUAUGUGCGUUUGAGGCCGUUCUUCAGAGAGUUCCUGGAGCGCAUGUCUCAAAUUUACGAGAUCAUUCUGUUCACUGCCUCUAAGAAGGUGUAUGCAGACAAGCUGCUGAACAUCCUGGACCCUAAGAAACAGUUGGUCAGGCAUCGUUUGUUUCGUGAGCACUGUGUGUGUGUUCAAGGAAACUACAUCAAGGACCUAAACAUUCUGGGAAGAGAUCUUUCAAAAACAAUAAUAAUCGACAAUUCACCUCAAGCCUUCGCCUAUCAGCUUUCCAAUGGGAUUCCCAUCGAGAGCUGGUUCAUGGACAGGAACGAUAACGAGCUUCUCAAGCUGGUUCCUUUCCUGGAGAAGCUAGUAGAGAUGAAUGAGGACGUAAGGCCUUACGUCAGAGAACGGUUUCGUCUUCACGAUCUCCUUCCUCCAGACUGAUUUGUGAUUGGUUGACCCAGCAGGCUAACCAAUAGAAAUAUAGAAUGUAUAUUUAUAUUAGAAUGUUCGUUCUAAUUCUAUGGAUUAGCCCUGCAGUACUUGGAGAGGGAUGCCUUCCCUUCAACACAGUGGAGAUGAGGAGAAUCAAGUUUAACUGACUCUAAUGAGGAUGUUGUUUUAAAUGGAUCUCUGUCUACAACUACAACGUUUUCAUUACUGAUGAAAAUACCAACAAAACACCAUUACAGAGGAUUUUCUUGUUACAGAAAACGACAAAACACAAAUCUUUAUAAUUCCUGAAGCUAUGUACAGUUUGAGUAUUUGUAUAUGUUUUGUAUACUCAAACUAAACUGUACCCCCAGGGUAGAGCAGUCCCCUUGUAUUGUAAAAGGCUUCUGCCUAGACGGAUGGACCUCUUUGUUUAUUCUUGAAAGCAGGGCCGUGUUCGUUAAGGCACAAACGUUUUGCAACUAAGGAAAAUAAAGCGUUUCUGAUUGGACAAGUCCAGGCAGAACCUCUCCAAUUCGGACUGUUUUCUUCGUUUUUGGUGCCUAAUGAACAAGACCGUGGCGACUUUCUGGGAGAUUGUUUCGCAUCUGCAGCUACACUUUUGGACUGAAUGUCAUGCAGUAUUUGAGUGUGGGGACCUGACUGCUCCAGACUCAUUUUAACAAGAAUGGGCAGUCAAACCUGUAUAAUAUACACACUCGAUUACAUGUGUACAUAUGACGUAUAUAUUUUUCAACUUUUCACUGUGCUUCUGAUUUUAGUAUGUGUUCCUCUUUUAACUGACUGCUUCUUUUACUUUUUUUUUUUUUCGCCUUUGGAAAAAAAAUAGGUGAUUUUUCUGUUGUCUGCCUGCAAUUUUUACAUCCCAAAUGGCAACCUAUUCCGUAUAUAGUGCACUGUUUGACCACAGUCCUAUGGGACCUAUUCCUUAUAUAGUGUACUGUUUGACCACAGUCCUAUGGGACCUAUUCCUUAUAUAGUGCACUGUUUGACCACAGUCCUAUGGGACCUAUUCCUUAUAUAGUGCACUGUUUGACCACAGUCCUAUGGGACCUAUUCCUUAUAUAGUGCACUGUUUGACCACAGUCCUAUGAGACCUAUUGCUUAUAUAGUGCACUGUUUGACCACAGUCCUAUGGGACCUAUUCCCUAUAUAGUACACUGUUUGACCACAGUCCUAUGGGACCUAGUCCCUAUAUAGUGCACUGUUUGACCACAGUCCUAUGGGACCUAAUUCCCUAUAUAGUGCACUAUACAAAAGAAUAGGGUGUCAUUUGGUAUGCAUGCUUACUUCCUAGUCUGCUUUUUAGUCCCAUUUUUAAGUGCAGUUAUGUGGUCUCUAACAAGGUGCAGGUUUUAAUCUUUUAAGAGGAAAUGUUUAUGAUAUCAUCAUGAUGAUGUGUAUAGGUCGUAAUGUUAAUGUAGUAUAAGGUUUUACUUGGAAGACCAUUCAACAAGCCAUAAUGAUGGCCCAGAUAUUCAUUUAGAAAAUGUAUAUUUGAGAUUUCACCCCCUUUUUUUUUUUUGUAAAGAUGUUUAAAAAUACCCUUAAGAUGCUCUGUUUUUAGGGUGUGAUGAAGAGUUUGAGGAGGAAGGAAGGCUUUGGAGCUCCUGCACUUUUUGUAUAAAAAAAAAAAAAAAAAUACUUUUAAAUGCAGCCCUAUGUAAAAAAAAAAAAUCAUUUUUUGUACACAAGUUAUCACCUCAAUUGUUAUGUCCGGACUAUUUUGAAAUCGUAGCACCAGCAAAACGGCUGACAUUUUGUUUUUAUCUUUUAAAUCAUGUUUUUCAUUGCUGUUCUUAGUCGUGGGUGUGUGUGGAAUCUCUUAUGUAUGAGUCUAAAAGUUUGGCCGAUAAGACUCCAUGUUGUCAUUGACCAUCUUGGACGGUCACUCCUGUUGUACUCGGUGUUACUCAAUGGUGUCCUUGAUCAUAAAUACAUUUUUAUACAAUUAA